AUGCGAGAAACAGGUCACCAUCGCCUAAGACUCGGUGCAGCUGAAACGUUCGUUGGCCUGCAGAGGCGUUUCAAUCCUUACAAGACGGUGCCUGCCACGACCGGCAAAGGUGAAGAAGAGCGGCGCAUGCAGCACUUAGCCGAGAAGGAGCAGGAAGACGAGGAAGACGACGAUAUUGGGCAAGGCGAGUUUCGAAUAGCCGACAGCGCAGGAGCCAUUCUGGAUCCGUACGUGGGCGACAAUUUUGAAGAGGCCAUAUGGAGGAAGGUCUUUUAUGAUCUAACAAUAAAAAUGGCACGAAAUCACGAGCUGACGGCCACUUUGAGUAAUCUGACAUUUGUUAAAUAA